CGGGACCCGGGAGCAGCGCGGGCGCGGGGAGACGGGACGGGGCGGGCCGGCUGUCCUGCACUGCACUGCACUGCCCUGCCCAGCCGGGGAAUUGGAUUCUACUGGGUCACGGAGGUCGUGGGUGAUGCUGUACAUAUCAUUGGAGUCAAGCUUCUCAAACGUGGCCUCGAUCCAUGUGUUCGUUCACUGAUGUCCAGCUUUUUACUUCACAAUCUUACUCAGCAAAGUGCCCGAGGCUUGCAGCAGUGACGAAAGUCAGAAGGAGCUGACUUCUGAACGUACCAGGCAGGAUGAAAGACCGGCUAACCGAGCUGCAUGAAUUAGCCAGGUUACACAACGAACAGUUUAUUGAAAGUGAGGAUGAUGAAAAUUCACCCCACGAUGUUCUGCUUUAUGAGACUGAUUAUGCCUUGGAAAUUCUCCAUAAUGACAUACAGAACAUCCGGACAGAAAAUGACUACCUAAAAGAGGAUGUCAAGCGGCUCAGAAAGCAAAACAACCGCUUCCUUACUUCCAUGCGCCGCCUUAGUAGCAUCAAACGAGAUACUAAUUGUAUUGCCAGAGACAUCAAGGCCCGCGGAGAAAGCAUCCACAGGAAACUCCAGGUAAUGAGAGAUUUCUGUGAAGAUGCAGUAACGAAAUAUGGGGCCACGUCUGUUAUUGCCAGGGUAGCGAAGAACCACUACGUUGACCUCAUGCACUCAUUUCAGAAAGCCAUGUUUGAAUACAAUGCAGCAGAGAUGAACCAACGAGAGAACUGCAAGAUUCGAAUUCAGCGGCAGCUAGAGAUCAUGGGCAAAGAUGUUUCUAGCAACCAGAUUGAGGAGAUGAUUGAGCAAGGCAAGUGGGAUGUCUUCUCUGAGAAUCUCUUGUCAGAAGUUAAGGGGGCUCGCUCAGCCUUGAAUGAGAUAGAGACACGUCAUAAGGAGCUUGUGAAGUUAGAAGGUCGCAUCAAGGAAGUUCAUGAGCUCUUUCUGCAGGUGGCCCUAUUAGUGGAGGAACAGGCAGACACCUUUGAUGUCAUUGAGAUAAAUAUGCAAAAUGUUGAGGACUAUGUAGGAGAAGCUAAAGAGCAAGUGAAAAAAGCUUUGGAAUACAGAAGAAAACACCCCCUCAGAACAAUCCUUUGCUGCUGCUUAUCCUGUUGCAGAAGACGACUGUCCCACUGAAGCUAUCACAGACUGACUCGAAUGUCUUCAAAAUCAGGCAUUCAUUCUAGUGACUUUUUUCUAAUGACAACCUCUAGAAAUGGGGGACUAUUUUGCAGUUGAUUUUGUUCAUCGGUUUUUUCCUAAAUGUGCUGAAGGCUGUUCUAUUUGAGGCCUCCUAGAAAUGUUGAUAAAACUAUGUUUAAUCUGCUUUUAAUUGAAAUGUACUCUGUUGCUGUAACUAGAGGUGAAGAUGUCUGCAGUUUCUUUCUUAGGCAAGAAACAGGAAUGAAUGAUGGGCUGAUAACUCAGCCUAGGGAAGAUGAGAAAUUUCAAGAAUUAACUUUAUUCUUAUUUGUCCAAGUUACUCUGCAGGUGGUGCAGCCUUACCGCCUGGGGAGACACAAUACACCACAGAAUCAGGUUUCAAUUUUAACUAGUUUGGAGCCUGCUCAAUGCAAAUACUUGGACAGAUUUUUGCUCUCUUCAUUUGAGACUAUACCAAGCCUGUUAGCAGGAGUAGGCCACAAAACUAGUUUCUAUUUCAACUUGAUUUCCACCUGUCAUGAAUCUUAACAGAAGUAACUGCACCUUAAAUGAUGAUAUGCACGUUUUGCUCCGUUUGUGUGCAAGUGAUUGCUUUUCUCAAUUUUGAGUAUCCACAACUUUGUCAAGGUGGCUAGAAGCACUGCAACACUGAGGCAUCUCACUGACUUUUAACUUGAGCCACUGUCUGUACUCUCAGUUUCAAAACUGCCAUGCUUUUAUGCUUCCAAUACAUUCUUCUGCUACUAAACACUUCUGCUGGAAGAGAGGCAUGCAGUGGCCUUCUGCAGCAGCACACACAAGCAGACAACUGUUGGGGAAUCGAGAAAGCAUUUUAGGGUUUCCUGUGUUGGCACAUAGACACAAGCAAUUUUAGUGGAAGGAUUAUCCUUGUCAACAGACUUCUAUUUUUUUAUAAGAAUUAACAUGGAUUUUUUUAUCUCUAUUUUUAAUAACAUGAAGGAUUAAAUUUAUUAACAUGUGAUUUUACUGUACAAAAACUGUGACUUUUCUCCCACUGUUAGGAAAUCUCCACCUGGGAAAGAAAGUAGACAUCUUUCUUCCAAACACCGGAAGAAGACAGAAAACAACAUUUUAACGUCAUUUCAGUGCUCUUUUCAAACUUGAAAGUAAUCUUUCCUCUUGUGUAAAGGGAGUCUGCCCACACUAGGUUUGGAAUAUGAGGAGGGAAUAGAAAAUUUGCAGCCCUGGAAACCACUGAGAGUUGUCGGUGAAACACGUAUUCAUAAGAUCUGGUGAGUGAUGAUAGCUCCUACUUCUGGAGGUUUUCCAACUAUUAUAUUUCUAGGUGGCUUCCUGGUACACUGUGAUCUAUUGCUGUCCUUGGAAUUAAUGCAGGACUUUUUUUUUCAGAAGUUAGUGAUUUUUUUUUUAAACUGCUGAUCCUAUUUGUACCUAUUUUAAUAAAUAUAUUUAAACAUUUCAAAUAUUUUGUAUUUGGGAGUUUUCCUUGGGAGAUAUGCAUAGCCAUCUCCCUGCACCAAUCACAAUGAAACUUUUCUGAUCUUUUGAACACUAAUUUUAUGUGUGAAAAAACACCCAAGCAUUUCAUACUGUUUAUAUUGAUAUAACAAAGCAGCAAAAUAAAUUCAACUUCCAUGCUUUCAUAUCCUAGUGGGAAAUGCUUCUUAGCCAGAUGGGAUUUUUUACACAAAUAAAAAACUCUUCUCAGGAAUUGAAAGUUUUUUUUGCUGAAGCACCUACCUGUGGUAACAUGGAAGAGUGAGGAAUGCCAAUCUUCUAAACUAGAAGAUAUUUUGAUAACCAGUGAUGUCCUGAUGAUAUCAGUAUUAUGCUUGCCCGAGGACCUCUCCAACAACCCCAUGUUCAAACUUGAAGUGGGAGAAAGGAGGGUGUUGAACUGGCACCAUUACCAGUAGCUUUGGUGCUACUCAAGAAGCCAAAGUCAUUUACGCCGUAGGUAUUGCCAUUCAAGUCAAUAGAACUGUGCAUUUGUAGAGAAAUACCCUAAACCUCCGAGGGUCAGCAUGUGGGCAUGCAUCAGUGAAGAAUGAAAUAUGUAUUUCAUUUCGUCUGCAUGUUCUUAACACUCGCCAAUGCUUUUGAUAAAAAUGUGUACGUCUAUUUUUUGGUUGAUUUCUUUUUUGCACAUAUGUAUGUCUACACAUGGAAUAAAAGAUUUAAUAAGAAAA